AUGUUGGAUUACACGAUCGAGUUGAUCAGCCUAGCUGCUUCCAACUCCCACGCAGUUUUUUGUUUCUGUAAUCUCAUCAUUGCCAUUAUUCUCAUUGGCAGCUCGAAACCAAGCUCGCAAUUCGACGAGACUAAGCCGAAUCAUGGUUUUUCGAACAUUGCCAGUUAUGAAAAUUUCAAGAAAGUUGUAGUAGUUUCUUCGUGUGUGAAAGCUCAGAAUGAUUCAGUCGAGGCCGAGAAUGAAAAAGCAACACCUGUGUGUGUAGACGUGGUUGUCGACGAAGAUGAAGAAGAUGAAAAUGAAAAGGCAGAACAAGAAGAUGAAAAUGAACAAGUAGAACAAGAAGAUGACGCGGAUGAAGAUGAUGAUGAGUUGAGAAAAAGAGUUGAGGAUUUUAUCGAGAAAGUUAACAGGGCUUGGAGGGCCGAAAAGAUGAAAACUUAUUCUUUAGGCCAAUGA